AUCCCGUGGACACCAUCGAGUGACGACCUACUCUGCUGCUUGUCCUGCUACAACUUUUUGUUCUACACAAUGGCCUUUCAGAGAAUCACCUUCGCCGCCCUCCUCCUCGCCCUGGCCGCCCUCACGCACGCAGCCGACGCCACCGACAAAAACGACGCACGACUUCUCUUCGAAAACUCCGACAAAUCCGUCACCAUAGGCGUCGAUUCCAUCUUCUACAUCGCGGUCAUCGCCGUCGGCCUGCUCUUGGUCGCGUCUUUCCUGGGGGUCUUCGGGACAACGGCCAAGGUUGCUCAGCCCUACGACUACGACUACGCCUACGAUGACAAGACCACCUUCGUCCAGCAAUUGAUUGAUGAUGCUGUCAACAAGUUCCAGUAG